GCUCUGAAUCGUCCCUACAAACUUCAUCAUCAGAAGCAGCAAGCCAACAUUUCCGUAGAAGCAGCAUCUUCAGGACUGAGAGGGAUUGGUAAAGGGCCAGGAUCUCUGGGAUUGAGCUUCUUGAUCUUCGGACACUGAGUAGUCGGCCUGCAAGCCACAUCAAGCAGGCGCCUCUUAUUGAUUUCAUCUCGCCCUGUCCUCACCUGAACGCCCUGCCUGCACGCUUGAGCUUGCCAUCGCAUUUCUCCCCCCACAGGCAUCGACCGACAAAGAAGAGAGACUCGUGAUAUUUCAACAACUCACAGCAAACUGAGUCCGGUAAAACCCACAACAACCACAAGCACCAAUCAACAAAUCCAGCAAAACAUAGGCCUGCUUGCCACCGCCCUAUUUGAACCCACACACCUAGCGCGCGUCCAGCAAGAACAAGCAGCGGUGAUGGCUUACAACGAUGAUGCCGUUCUGGCUCGCCUGUCUGCCCUCAAUGAGAGCCAUGACAGCAUUGCCACAGCAGCGCAAUGGAUCAUGUUCCAUAAGCGACAUGCCGACCGCACUGUCCAAAUUUGGCUUCAGAAGUUGAAGGAGUCUCCCAGCACCCGACGACUCAAUUUGAUCUACCUUGCCAAUGAGGUCACCCAGCAGUCAAAAGCGCGAAACAAGGUCGAUUUCCCGUUGGCAUUUGCGCCAAUAAUCGCAGAGGCCGCCGCAGUUGCGUAUAAGGGAGCGACUCCUGACGUGCAGAACAAAGUCCGUCGUGUCGUUGAGGUGUGGAGGGAUCGGGCAGUCUUCGAGCCGCCAAUUCAGAGUGCUAUUGAAGCUCGCAUCGACGACCUUGACAAGGCCAGAGGCGUUGGUAAGACCGGACUGGGUAACUCCAGCAUAGGCGGCGGCCCAGCCGUGCCAUCUGAGCUCGCACCUCUUGUCACAGCAGCACAGAAUGUUUCCAAGCUGGCACUUUCCCUGAAGGCCAAGACUACCACAGCCGAGCAGGAAUACACCAAAAACACAGACCCCAACCAACCAACCCCAUCUGCGCCGGUUUAUGCGGCCCGCCUGAACGGGUUGCUCAAGAGCCUUGCCACGGCCGAGGGUGCUGUUGCCGAGUGCGUCAAGGCGAGGGGUGAGCUCAUCGGGGCCCUGGAGAAGCUUCUCGAGACGAACAAGGCCAGCCUCGAAGCCGAGGAGAAGCAGUUGGCGGACCUCGGAGAAAAGAAGUCGAGCAUCGAGCAGAAGAAGGCCGAUGUUGAGAUGGCCAUCAUGCGAGGCCUGGCAGACCAGACACCUACCAACCGUGAUGGCCAAUCAGCCAGUCCUGUUCCUGAGCCCGACAGGCCCGAGGUUGAGGCCUUGACACCCCCACCCAUCGAGGAUGACGCCGACAUGUACAACGCUCAGGAGACGGAUUCAUUCGAGCCUGUGCCGGCGCAAGAGCCGGUCCCAGCACGGGAGCCCGCCGUUGCCCCAGCCCCGCAGCCCACAGGUCUCGAGACGCUCUCGAGUCUGGCCUCGCAGUAUUCGGCUGUGCCGGUUGCCACGAACGGGACGAGCGGUGCCAACAAGAGACGCAAGAUCGAUUCCGCCGACGAAAUCCCAGAUCUCGGCGAGGACGGCAUAGACCCGAACAUUGACGACAUGAUCCGUCAGUGAGGCUUCACGCGGGGCCAAACCGAGCCUAGGAUGCGAAUAGGCCAUGAGACCAAAAUCACCUGCACUUUUCCCCUUACCAUGAGCUUCUCGGAUAUCGAAGGCAUUGGGUGGAAAUGUUCCAGAUGGCGAGGUACUCCUGGAACAUCAUUUUUGCUGUUGCAAGGGGCAACACAGCAUUUUCGAACUUGUUACUUGAGCCAGUUGGAAUCACCCAUAUCCACCAUGAUUAAUCAUCAUCAUCAUCAUCGAGGAGACCUUUUAUCACCCACGGAGCACCAACUACCAGAAGGUGCCUGUCGUGGAAUCAUUUUGCAUCAGCUUCGGCAAGGAGGACCAGCUUUGCAGAGACUAAUGGGCGAGGUGUAGGUCAGCACAUGUGCACAUGUGGGAUUUCAUCUCCUUGAAGAUGAUAGAAUGCUUCUCCAGUCUACUUCAGGCAAGCCAUCAAAAAAAUGCUCAAAUCACCCACAGUUGUUGGGAGGAUCUGGAAUGGUGCAGUAUAUAGCACAUGACAGUUCCCACAUCCCACUCGGACUGUUUCUUGGAAGAGAGAUGUCGAUCAGUUGCAAGGUUGUGCAAAUUGAUAUACUGAGCGAGAUCAGGAUGCCGCUUGAUAGUUCGAAAUUAGCAUAAUAUGCUGUCUUCCUGGAGACUUUUGCAAAGCUUCCAGGGGGUGGCAAACCCGCAGUUAUUUUGACAAGAAAGGCCAGAAGAAUCGAACUUCUCCAUAUCAGGAUAACUUAGUUGAAUGUGCUAAUUGGAAGGUUGUAUUGCG